CGCACAGAUGGGAAGAGUUUAAAAAAGAUUGAGUGAAGUUCUGCUGAACCGGUCCAGUCUUUCUCCAGGGAGAGCAAAAGAGAAAGAAAAAAGUCGAGGAGGGAAGACAAAACAAUCUCAUCACUGCACUUUCCACCGAUGGCCAUAUGACUUCCCCCUGAACUUCACGUAUAUAUAUUUAUGUGGCAUUAUUUAAUAUUUUAAUUGACACGUUAAAUCGACUGUGAACUUAGGAAACGAUGGCGACCCAUUUCAGCAAGGGACCGACUUUCGGACUGUCAGCUGAAGUCAAGAAUAAGCUGGCCCAGAAGUAUGACUCGCAGAAGGAGGAUGAGCUACGGAUUUGGAUCCAGGAAGUUACCGGCCGCGGGAUCCCUGAGAAUUUCAUGGAGGGACUGAAGGACGGAGUCAUCCUGUGCGAGCUGAUCAACAAGCUGCAGCCUGGCUCUGUGAAUAAGAUUAACACCUCGUCGCAGAGCUGGUACCAGCUGGAGAAUAUUGGCAAUUUCGUCAGAGCCAUCACAGACUAUGGCCUGAGGCCACAUGACAUCUUUGAAGCCAAUGAUUUGUUUGAGAACGUCAACCACACUCAGGUCCAGAGCACUCUGAUCUCCCUGGCUGGAUUGGCGAAGACUAAAGGAUACCACACCAAGCAGGACGUCGGCGUGAAGUAUGUUGAGAAACAGCAGAGACACUUCAACCCCCAGAAGCUGAAGGACGGAUGCAAUAUCAUCGGGCUACAGAUGGGGACUAACAAGUUUGCCAGCCAGAAAGGGAUGACAUCAUAUGGCACAAGGCGUCACCUCUAUGACCCCAAGGCCGGCAUGGAGAAGCCAGUGGACCAAUCCACAAUCAGUCUGCAGAUGGGCACCAAUAAGGGAGCCAGUCAGGCCGGCAUGACCGCACCUGGCACAAAGCGGCAGAUCAUCGACAAGAAGAUGGAUCUCGAGUCAUGUGACCCUGCCAUCAUCUCCCUGCAGAUGGGAACCAACAAAGUGGCCUCCCAGACAGGCAUGACCGUGUAUGGCCUGCCCCGACAGGUCUACGACCGAAAGUACUGCAUCGCUCCAGACGGCUUCAUCAACAGCGGAGAAGGUGGGGAGGCGUAUGGUCAUGACAACUACCAGGAGUCAUAAACAGGCGUCAUCAUUCCCGUCCGCGUCAGUUAAGGCUAAAUGCUAAAUCCUUAGGCAUUUAUAAAUCCUUUUCUCCAGCACGUAACGUACAGUUUGUCUCACUGCUGUUAUUUUAAGCGUCUUGAUUUUCACGAGCAGCUUGCAUUUGAACUCCUACGCUUAGCUCGUCUUAUGUCGGCUCCCGCAGGCUGCUUUCGUGAAUUUCCCACUUUUUACAACCACCUGCCACAAGGGCAGUUUUUUGUUUCCAUAUUACCCCUUUUAUCUAAAGCCUUGGCUUUAUUUCUGUUUAUCAUUACUGUUUCUGUUGAGUUUCGGCACCAAAGACGCUGUCCCAUCCCCACCCAACGUGAAAAACCCUGAAAGACGUAGACAGCUGCCAGAUUCCAGCACUGAAUAAUAGCCCAUCUGGCCCUGCCUGCGAAUCCAGCCCCCGAGCCCCCCCUCUUUCGGCCGUGGCACACAAAGGAAUGAGCAGCUGGGGGGGACAGCCGCAGACACCGAGAUCAGGAGGCACGUGCCCCGAAAGAAAUUCUAACGUUAACAUUUUGGGGUCGGUGGGGGGCAAAAAGGACCCCGUCUACCUGCUUGGAGGAUGAAUGACCAUAAACCAUAAGAGGACCCUGUCGUUACUAACAUCCAUGCUUUUAGAUCUGUUUAAUAGUUUUUUGUUCUCGGUGGCAGAAGGAUAUACUUUUUCCUCAACAUUUCAAAACAAAAACUGUUUAUUAGCAAGAAGUAUUACCUGACUGGCUUAAUAGCAAUACCAAUCACUGACGGCACACAUACACACACACACACUCUAGCGCACACCAUAAUUUCCUUUGUUUUAAACUCAUUUUUUCCCCAGACGUGCUUAGAAUGAGGUGUGACAGUGUAUCUUCAAAUCACGGUGUUAGCCUGCCAUCUAGUGUUUUGCAACAUUACUCAAUUGUCAGUACAAUUUAUGCGCCAAAAGGAAAUCAAUAAUUCCUUGCAACUGCUGCACAAUAUACCAUCAGACAUUAAAACUGAUAUCUUGCCUCAGCUGUUAUUGAAAUAUACAGUGGCUGUAAAAUGUUGACUGAUAUAGUACAAACCUUUGAGGAUCUUGCAUGUCUGACACCUAAUUUAUACGGUACACAAAAAAGUCAUCUAAAGUGUCUUGCAUUGAUUAAUCAGAAAAGACACUUACCAAAUUCAUUUUUUUAUAGCUGAAGUUCUAGAUGAAUUUAGGUGUAGCCACUAAACAUUUGAGAUGUUUUUAUAUCAGUGCAUGGAGACACCAUGUCAAAUGAGGGUCUAACAAAAGAAUAUGUAUGUUUUUAAAUUGCAGGAGAAGUAUUAAUGCACUUUUCAUAAUUAUAGGUUUUAAUAUUGAAGUUCAUUGAUGGGGAGAAGCUGUUUUGUAUUUUAAGUGUGCUGUAGGAGGAAGACACUGAGGGUUUUCCAUCACUUGUCAGAGCAGCUCCGGUCUCAGGGCCAAAAGUGGCCCCGGUGUGAGCUUCCCGAAGGAAUGCUGGUCAAGAGAUAGUCUGCCUGGCCUGCAGCUGGGUAGUGCUCUCAGCUGUUCUGAUGCAUGUCGUCUUAACCAUGGAGGGAGAGAGAAAGUGUUUUGUAACGUGUGCUGCAGUCAGCUGCGUGGUUUAAAACUGAAAUAGAAGACAUUUGUCAGGAAGACAAAAAGCUACAAUACAGAAAAAUGUAAUAACCUCAGUACCCAGUAUACUUCAUGAGAACUUCAAAUUGUACCUUGUUAAUAAACACAAUAUGAAGUAGUUCCCCCUCCCCUAAUUGCUUCUUUACGAAUGUAAGCAAUUACUGUCUGACCAUUUUCCUCACUGUACAGCAACAUGACAAACUUGUGGCAAGAGAGACCAACA